AUGGCUUCGCUCGUGGGUACAAAUUAUGACUCCUCGAGCGACGAUGAGGCGAAAAAGCCUGCACCUACUACGACUUCUUCGUCCACAGCCACGACGAAGAUCGAUGCGGCGCCAGAUGUCAUCGUAGAGGACCCGUCCCGAAUGCAGCUUCUGGCUAACACCAACGGCAACGCUCUCACGUACAACGCGACCUACGAUGACCUGUCGCGCCCUGCCCUGGGGCCCGCCAAUCCUUUCAAACCGGCCGGCGUUGGCAACGGACUGAAACGCAAGAAUGUGCCCACGGGGUACGCCGAAGAGGCUGCCAUCAGCGACGCGACGUUCACCGCGCAACACCGCACCUUCCAGAGCCUGGGGUAUACCCGUGACCCGAGCCGACCGGAGGCGUUCGUCGGGAAUCUGGAAAACGCAGCAAAACAUGGUGGCCGCGAUGUCAUCCAGAUGAAACCCUCAAAAGAGGAGACGGCCGAGAUCCGGCGGAAGAGACAGAAGAAAGGCGAUCCCGGCGUCUUGGAAGGCGAAAACGCCUACAAAGGUCCCUGGGCGAAGUACGAAGACGACGACCAGAUGUGGGAGGAAGAGGCGGCGCUUGUGGGUCAGGAGCUUGCCAGCGACGAAGAAUAUGUCGAGGAGGAAGAGGUCGCGCCUGCGAACAUGCCGGCCAUGAGCAAGGAGGCGACCGACUACCAGGAGGAUCUGUCGCAGACCGAGACGACCGAGUUCCACGGCUCGGAGCAGUUCGACUACCUGGGGCGGACAUACAUGCAUGUGCCACAGGAUCUGGGUAUCGAUCUGAAGAAGGAGGUCGGCAGCAUCAGGAACUACGUGCCCAAGAAGCUGAUCCACACGUACAAAUCACAUACGAAGGGUAUCACGUCGUUGCGCUUCUUCCCGCAAUCGGGCCACCUGCUACUGUCGUCCGCCGCCGACGGAAAAGCGAAGAUCUGGGACGUCUACCACCAGCGGGAGCUGCUCCGGACCUUCUCGGGCCAUACCAAGGCUAUCACCGACACGACCUUCCACCCGACUGGCAAGACGUUCCUCACGGCGUCGUACGACCGACAGAUCAAGCUGUGGGACACCGAAUACGGGAAAUGCCUGGGACGGUUCUCGACGGGCAAGACGCCGCACGUUGUCCGCUUCAACCCAGACCCCGAGCACUGGCACGAAUUCCUGGCCGGUAUGUCGGACAAGAAGAUCGUCCAGUUCGACACGCGAACGGGCGAGCUCACGCAGGAGUACGACCACCACCUGGCGGCAAUCAACACGAUCACCUUCGUCGACAACAACCGACGCUUCAUCUCCACGUCAGACGACAAGUCGCUGCGCGCGUGGGAGUACAACAUCCCCGUACCGAUCAAAUUCAUCGCCGAGCCGUACAUGUACGCCCUUGUGCGGGCCGCACCACACCCGAACGGGAAAUAUGUCGCAUUCCAAUCGGGCGACAACCAGAUCGUCGUCUACGCCGCGACAGACAAGUUCCGCCAACACCGCAAGAAGUCCUUCCGGGGCCACAACAACGCCGGCUACGCCAUCGACGUCGUCAUCUCCCCGGACGGACAGUUCGUCGCCUCCGGAGACACGGGCGGCUACGUCUGUUUCUGGGACUGGAAGACGGGCAAAAUGUACCAUAAGAUGCAGGCUGGCGGGAAAGAGGGCGCGGCUGUCACUUGUCUCGAUUGGCAUCCGCAGGAAACGAGUAAAGUGGCAACGGGUGGAUUGGAUGGUGUGAUUAGGUAUUGGGAUUAA